AUGUACCGUGGAACAGACGGGGUAACAUUCCUUUCGGCUAGUGAGUCGGACGUAGGAAGGACAGAUCUUGCAACCCUCGGAUUUGUGCGUCGAGCCGGUAAAGGCGGACAUAUCAGGCUCUCGUCAGCCUUCAAAUACACACAAAGCUGUGUCCAGCUUUCUCGCGAUCUACCCGUCGACAGAAGUAAUGUCACAAAGGUUGCCCGACGGCUUAUCGUAGAGCCCAUCAAGGCAAGGUUAGAUCAACCUGGAUCUCUGCAAAUAGAGCCAUGCGAUGCGAUUCUCCUACCAUUCAAAAAUGCAUACCCACGAUCAGCCAAAUAUGAAGACCUGGCAUUCGAUAUGGCCACGUCUUUGGUUCGUCUAAGUCAGAGCGUCGACUCGAUUGCUCAUUGGGCCUCUAACCGGGGUACACUCCUCGUCGUGGUGAUCGAAGACUACAUCGGGCAUGAGGACGAAGUCGCCGACCUGCUUGCACAGUUUCACAGCCUCAAGAUCAACGCCAUCUUCAUAUCGCCCAUCGCCAGCAACCAUUCCAUGUCUCAAUCACAUUUUGCAGUUCUCAGCAAGAUGCUCGCCGAAAGCGGGCCAGAGACAAAGUGGUUCGCUCUGCUUGACGACGACACGUUCUUUCCGCACCUGGAGCCUUUAUCCACGGCACUCAGCUCUCUUGAUCACGAAAACAAAGACCUUUAUGUUGGCGGGCUGACGGAGGACUGGGGGUCUCUCACCCGAUUCGGUCUCAUGGCUUAUGGCGGUGCUGGCGUAUAUCUCUCUGCACAUCUGGCCAGGAAGAUCGGGAACCUGGACCAGGCCCUCCAGUGCAUCGAGGAGUCCCCGCCUCAGCUGGGAGACAUCAUCAUCCGUGACUGUGUCUACCGCCACAGUAGGGCGCGUCUGACCGUACUGCCAGAUCUAUAUCAACACGAUUUGCUGGGCGACCUGCGCGGCUUCUUCGAAUCUGGCGUUGAGCCUUUGAACUUGCGCCACAGGAAAAGCUGGUACAGCGAACCUGUAGUUUCCAUGGCGCAGGCGACGAACUUUUGCGGGAACUGCUUCCUUCAACGAUUCAUCUUUGGCAACGAUACUGUCCUUAGUAAUGGCUACUCGAUCACCGUGUACCCAAAGGGUGUGGAUUCGCUCGAUCUGAACAAGAUAGAGCGAACAUGGGGCAACGUCUAUGCAGGCGAGGACCCGAAGUACGAGUACAGCAUGGGGCCGCCGCGCGACAGGGUGCCCGACAGUGAUCACAAAACGUACUACCUCAAAUACACGGAAGUCAGGGCAGAUCUCAUGAGACAGCUGUAUGUGUGGAAAGGAGUUGAAGACCGUGGAGUGCCUGACGAAGUUGUCGAGCUGGUUUGGAGGAGAUGACUCAACGCCAGGGUCAUAUCCUGCUCCGGAAAUGGCAGAAUAUCAUGUCGGGUAGGAUUUUGUUCGGUUACAAGGCCUCAGAGGAAGAACAUGUACCUCGAAAACUAUCUGGCAGUCACAGAAAUAUGGCGAUCAGCAGGCAAGAAAGCAAAGCGUGGAAGCAUGAAUCACUAUGCCGACAUUGACAGACUACUCGUCCUCCUCGCUGUUCCUCCUUCUGAUGACCGCAGAGCUGAGUCCUUUGGGACUCGUUAUGCAUGCCUGGACACGGUAUGGCACGAGGACGAUGUACACCGGGAACUGAGUCCUAGAAUCAAGACGGGAAUCAAGACGGGGAAGGCAAC